AUGGCGACGCGCAGCGACGCGCCCGAAGUGCGCGAGUCCAUCGAGGCCAAGGUCACCAAAGAUGUCGAAAUGACCGACGCACCCGACGCCAGCACCACCGAAGCCAAGCAACCCGAGCCGACUGUCUCUGCGGAACCGCCGCAAUCUGACAAAAUGGACAUCGACGCGGGUGCGAAUGCCGACGCCGAUGCCGAUGCCGAUGCCGAUGCGGACGCGGAAGGUGAAGUGGAUGCAGACGGCGACGUGGACGCCGACGCAGACGCAGACGUAGACGCAGAUGGCGAAGUUGACGCAGACGCUGAUGCAGAUGGAGACCCAGAUGAUGGUGUCGCAUCACCCGUGGAAUCCGAGCCUGGCGACCUUUUGGAUGUCAUCCAAACUAUCAGCUCAACUGUGAGCAACUACAAGGAUGAAGACGGUGAAUGGUGGGCGGCUAGUUUCCAGCGCAUCCCGAACAAGCGUCAACUGCCAGAUUACUUUGAGAUCAUUGAGAACCCCAUCGCCUUUAGUACCAUUCGCCACAAGAUUCAAAAAAAGCUGUACACAGAUUUCCCCGAGUUCGUUCGCGAUCUUGCACAGAUUUGUCACAAUGCGCAGGUUUACAACCGGCCUUCCUCGGCCAUAUUUAAGAGUGCCACCGUCAUCCGAGACCUUUUCAAGAAGGAGUUACAGAAACUUGUUGCCAAAGGCACCAUCAAGUCUGAAGAGGCUGAGCUUCCCGACUUGGGCGAGCUCCCGCCCGCGGAAGACUCAUCGCCAGAGGCCGAAUCCGAAGAGGACGAAGGAGAAGAGGAGGAGGAGGAAGAGGAAGAGGAGGAAGACGAUGAGUCCGACGAUGACGGAAAACGUCGACGAAGCAGGAGGCGUGGCCGGACUUCACUCACCAAGCGCCAGCUCGAGGAGGCCCGGGAGGAAGACGAACAUAAGAAGCGCGGCCGCCCUCCCAAAGUCUUGACACCGCUCGAGGCGCGUAUUCACAACGUCAUCAAGGGCCUGCGCAAGUUCCAGUCAGACGACGGUGACCUGCUCAUUGGUCCCUUUGAGAAGCUGCCCGAUAAGCUUGCGAACCCGGACUAUUACCAGGUCAUCACCAACCCCAUUGCGCUCGACAACAUCAAGAGGAAUGCUAAGAGGAAGAAAUACUCGACUGUCGACGAUGCGCUCAAGGAUAUCGAUCUCAUGUUCAACAACGCAAAGGAGUACAAUGAGGAGGCCAGUGAUAUUUACGAAGCCGCCGUCGAGCUGCAGAAGCAAGCACGUGAGCUGGUUGCGCAGGAAAAGUCGAGGCCGGACGAUGAAUUCCGUGACGAGGAUGGCAAGCUGCCACUAUCGGAAAUUCAGCACAAUGGCCAGGCAUGGCGAGUCGGCGACUGGGUGCAUAUUCGCAAUGUCAACGACAUGGCCAAGCCCAUUGUUGCGCAAAUAUUCCGAACUUGGCAAGACCGAGCAGGACAGCGAUGGAUCAACGCCUGCUGGUACUACCGUCCCGAGCAGACGGUGCACAGGUUCGAGAAGCACUUUUUCGAGAACGAGGUGGCUAAGACGGGCCAGUACCGCGACCACCAGAUCGAAGAGGUGCUCGACCGAUGCUUCGUCAUGUUCGUUACGCGGUUCAAUAAAGGACGGCCGCGUACGCUGCCGGCGGAUAAGGAGGUGUACGUGUGCGAGUCUCGGUACAACGAGGCGACUUGUAAAUUCAACAAGAUCAAGACGUGGACGAGCUGCGUGCCCGACGAAGUGCGGGAGAAGGACUACGAGAUGAAGCUGUUUGAUCAGCCGCGGCGGCUCAAGAAGGUGCCUAGCCCGAUCAAACACUUACUGCAGGCGGAUGCGAAGGAAACGGAUGAGCUCCCGAAGCCGACCUGGGGGGCUGCAAACGCACCGCCCAUUAUUGGUGCCGUGCAUCGGCGCCCUCGAGAAUCAAACGUGAGUUUGGAUGUGAUUCAUCUGGUUUUCCCUGCUGUUGUUUCUUUCGUUUGGUCUAUCAGACUGGUGGUUCUGGGCCGGCUUGUCAUUACGGGUGUGUGUUUCUUGCACGAAUACCUCCACGCUGGAAUACCACACAGCCUUACCGUGCCGCCUCCUGGAUGA